UGAAGCGGAGACUGGUCUGGCCUGCGAGGAGACGGGAAGUCCCGCGAUUCAGGCUCUUGUUACAUUUUUCCUUCUUUUUUCCUUGUGGUUAAGUGUGCCAUCUCUUGUCGCGAGGAUGAAGAAGUCAGGAACGAAGCAGCCCGUGCGGCUGUAUGUGCGGGGGAUUGUGCUCGGAUACAAAAGAUCCAAGGUCAACCAGUACCCGUCCUGCUCUUUGCUGCAGUUGGAGGGCGUGAACGACCGCAAAGACACCCAGUUUUACCUUGGCAAGCGUGUUGCCUACGUGUACAAGGCCAAGACUGAGAAGCAGGGCUCCAAGUACAGAGUCAUUUGGGGCCGCAUUCGCCGCCCUCACGGAAACGGCGGCAUUGUGCGCGCGAAGUUCCGCAGUAACCUGCCUCCCAGCUCGAUUGCCGGCCGCGUGCGCGUGUUCCUGUACCCCUCGAACAUCUAAGGGAGAGCUGAAGGCCUUUUCUCACUGUAUUGUUGAAAGACGAAGGAAGGUGUUGUGUCCUCGUGGGUGUUCCAGCGUGUCUCGAAAUAGUCGCGUAGGCUGUGGAACGUUUGCCGUGGUCGACCUUCCGUCAUGUCCUCUACCUCUUCUGUGUUCAAAACAGAAGUUGCGUCUCACCAUGGACUAGCCGUAAACUUCUAAUUCACGUUUCCCCUCCUUUCUGGGUGCGUUGGCGACCCACAACCUUUGACGGAAAACCCCAAAGUCCACGGGACGCCGUCGGGUUGCUAGCGAAGAAGUAAUUCCGGACCUCCAGUCAGUUGU